AUGGCGUUCCGUCAUGCUGUGCACAGACCUUCAAUCAACAGAAUUAAAGACCAGAAGCUGAGUUUUUACCCAUUUCCUCUGCAUGAUGAAGAAAACUUAAAAUGGUUAAAGAAUGUGAAACGAGAUUCAUGGGUUAAGAGUAAGUACCAGUUCCUGUGUAAUGACCAUUUUACUCCUGACUGUAACAUCAGAUGGAGUAUUUAUUAUUUGAAAUAAUCUGCAAUUUCAACAAUAUUUCCUCUGCCUGAAGGCAAUCAGGAGAAAGAGUCUUGAAAAAAAAAAACCAAGUCAGAAGAAUCUUUUUCAUCAAAUGAGCCAAAUAAGCAUCCAGAAGAUGUCCUUCCUGAAUAUGCAGAAUUACUUGAAUCAGCUGCCUUGGUAAAGCCACCAGAUCCAAAACCAGAAAGUGUGCAAAAUAACAUACUAACUCUUAGUCCAGUUAAAUAAGAUACCAGAAAACCAGAAUUCACCUUGGAAACAUUAGUUAACCAUGACAUGGAUAUAGGUGGUUUGCACACAUUUUUUGAGAAUCUAAAUUCUACGACUAUUACUUUAACAACUUCAAAUUCAGAGGGUAUUCAGAAGCCUUUGGAAACCCAAGAAGUGCUUGAAAUAAUUACCAAUUAUCUUGCUAACCCACACUUCACAAAUGAUUCUGUGGAAAUUAAGUCAGCACAGGAAAAUGCAUUCAUAUUCAGCACAAUUACUCCAACAGUGAAGAAUUAAACAGAUAAAGAAUCUGUUAUUGCCAUUUUUGUACCUACAGAAAAUUCCAAACCUACAAUUAAUUAUUUUAUACGUGCCCAAGAAACAAUGGAAACAGUGGAAAUGGACAUUAAAGACCUAGACAUUGAAGACUCAAAUAAUGAUAUAGACUUUGAGACAGAUGUUUUAUGGAUAGAGCAUUUUUACUGCAGACCAAUGUAAAUAAGGAAUAUCCUUGGCAGAAAGUCUAAACUACAUUCAAAGAUAACCCUUGAGUUACAAGAACAGCAAACUCUAGGGAGAUUGAAGUCUUUGGAAGCUCUUAUAAGGCAGCUAAAACAGGAAAACUGGCUAUCUGAAGAAAAUAUAGAAAACCAUUUCACAACAUAUGAAGUUAUUAUAUAG